CUCAUCGUUUUCGUUCAUGGAGGCGGAUGGCGUUUUGGAGAUAACAAAGACCACAUCUCCAUGGCCCGUCGUUUCGCAAAUACAACUUCUUUACCCGUUUGUCUCCCCAAUUAUCGACUUUCACCUGCUGUAAAACAUCCAACGCAUACGAACGACGUUCAUACCGCAUUAAAUCACCUUCUUUCUAAAGCACACGACCUAGUGCAGGAUGCAUUUACAUCGCUACACCUCAUAGGCCACAGCGCAGGUGCACACAUCCUCGGGUCACUCUUCCUUUCUCCACCCCUUUCUUCUCCAUCAGCAGAUGACACCCACCCCUCUCCAACCUCUUCCCCUUGUUACGCAUGCUCCCUUUCAACCCCAUCCCUUCCGAUCCGUAACCGCCCGUCUCCAUUCCUCGUCCGAAGCGUCAAAACCAUCAUCGGUCUUGCCGGUGUUUACGAUUUAGAUCUCCUGUUGCGUUCUUUCCCGUAUGAACUAUAUCGUUCUAUGGCCAGUGAUGGUUUCGGAGAUCGAGACAAUUACGAGGAUUUUGAUCUAACGACGUAUGAACUCAUCGAUGAUGGAAUACGCUGGGCGAUCGUUCACUCGCAGGGCGAUUCGCUGGUGGAUAUACUCCAACCCGAAGCGUUCUACAAACGCUUGACGGAGCUUUAUCCAAACCUGAAUCUGAAUUCAGAGUUG